AGAGCCACCGCCCAACCCAGAACCUCACAAACUCACCUCCUUCCCACCUUCUUAAUCCUCGUCCAGUUGGGACAGCCAUAAACCUGCUGACGGUAGGAAAUUUACUCCUCUUUGUCCAUAAUGGCUGUCCCUGUGAACUUUGUGUUACUCUUGGCUUCUUUUGGCUUGACCUCUUUGAUCUCCGUGGCCAUCUUUCGCCUAUGUUUCCACCCUCUAGCCAAAAUUCCCGGUCCCAAAUGGGCGGCCUUGUCUCGAUUUUACGACUUCUAUUAUGAUUGCGUCCUCGGAGGGAAAUAUGCCUUUAAGAUUCAAGAGAUGCACAAGCAAUAUGGCCCGAUCGUUCGCAUUGGGCCCAACGAGGUACAUAUUCAAGACCCCGACUUCUUCGAUGAAUUCUAUACCAUCUCAAAUAAACUUGACAAAGAUGCAUGGUACUAUGCUUUCGUUGCUUCACAAGAUGCUGCCUUUGGUACUGCCGACUAUGAUUUACACCGAGCUCGAAGAAAGGCCAUGAGCCGUUUCUUCUCUUCUUCCGCCAUUGCCCGUCUCGAGGCUUCUUCUCGUGAGAAAAUGUUGAAGUUGUGUAGCCGCCUGGAAGGCUUCCGCGAUGAUGACAAGCCUGUCAAUCUAUCCAACGCCUUUCGUUGCCUGGCUGCGGAUUCCGUCACUGCAUAUUGCAUGCCCCGCGGCUUCAAUUUGCUGGAUUCAGUCGAUUUUGCCGACGAUUACAACCAACAAGCGCGAUCAAUCUCUUAUAUUGCUGCUUGGCACCGUCAUAUUCCAAUCAUUAUUCCUUUGUUCAUGAAGUUGCCUCGAUCUUUCAUCGAGGCGACCUCCACUGAAGGAGGAUUGAUGUCGUUUGAUUUUCAAACAGAUCUCGCACGACAGGCAGAAUCAGUUGUCAAGGCGGAAAAACGAAGUGACAAGUCUGUCCUCGAUGGGAUUGUAAACUCCGAUGCAAUUCCCGAAAGUGACAAGACGGUCGAUCGUAUCACGCAGGAAGCGCGAACACUGGUUGGAGCUGGCUCGGAAACCACCGGCGCUGCCCUCGAGUUCAUCACGUUCCAUGUCUUGUCCAAUCCUGAAAUCUAUCACAAGUUGAAGAAGGAGCUUGCGGGUGUGGUGGCCAAGGCAAAAUCAGACGACGCUUUGACCAAGUACGAAAACGUCCAACGACUCCCAUAUCUGACUGCAGUCAUUCAUGAGGGUCUUCGCAUUGGUAAUGUCGUCAGUGGCAGGAUGGCUCGAUCGAACCCACGCACGGCAUAUUCUUACCGCGGUUACGUUCUCCCGCCCAAAACAGUCAUUAGUAUGGUGACGAGGGGUAACCACAACGAUCCCUCCAUAUAUCCCGACCCUUUUACUUUCAAACCUGAAAGAUGGUUAGUAAAAGGAGAGGAACUGAAACGGCUGGAAAAGUACUUUGUACCUUUUGGUCGUGGUGGAAGAAGUUGUAUCGGUAAGGAGUUGGCCAUGAUGAACCUCUACCUCAUGAGCGCCAGUUUCUUCCACAAAUUCGACGCAGAGCUUUAUAGCACCACUCUCAAGGAUAUCUCGAUGGAACAUGACCUGUUUUCACCAUUUCCGGCUGUGGGUUCCAGGGGACUGAGAGUGAAGUUGAAGGCAAAGGCAUGAAAGACGGCUGUCACAGAAUUGGCAAUUUAGUAGGAACGUUCCUGAUGGAUCAAGUGUGAUGCACUGGCUCACAGGAUGGUAGGGAGAGUGAGAGAGAGGGGGGAGAGAGAGAGACGGCGAUGAGAAUGACCCUGCUAGGAUUUAGAUUGGAUAACGAGGUCCAGUAGUACCUAAGGUAUUUCAGGUAAUCUGGAUUCCCGUCUUUUAGCCUUGUUCAAUACGAUGAAAUACGAG